AUGAGAAUCUUAUCAAUAGAUUUCCCAACUUCUUUAUUCCAUUCAACAACUCAAGGUUGGAAUCAAACUCCUCCUCCUCAUGAAAUUAAAAAUCCAACUAUUUCAAUAGCUCAUACUUUAAAAAAUUUUUUAUUAUGGUUAAUAUUUAUUAAUUUAAUUAAUCAAUAUAUUUCUAAUUUUAAAUUAUAUUUUGGUGAAAUUGAUAUUGUUUUAUUAUUAUCUAAUUCAUUAUUAUUUGAACCAUCACCACCACCACCUCUACCACCACCAACCAUUGGAAAUGUAUCAUCACUUUCUAUGAUUGACAUUAAUAAAUUUAUAAUUAAUCAAGAUCUUGAAAAUAUUCUUCGAGGAAUUUAUAUUCGUAAUGAAGAUAUUUAUUUAAAUAAUAUUAAUCAAACUACUAUAUUAUGUCAACCUAUUAUUAAUAUAAAUAAUGAUAAUUCUAUUCAAAUUUUAUUUAUUGAAAAAUUUUUUAAUGAUAAUCAAGGAUAUUUUAAUUAUCAAAAUUUAAUUAAAGUUGAUUCAAUCCUUUUACAAAAAUUUUCAAAUACUAAGAUUAAGACUAAUUCAAAUUCAAUUAAAAAAUCCGAUUUAAUUGAACAAUUUUUAAGAAUUGUUUUAACAAGAUUAUAUCCUCGAUAUUUUGAUCAUCAUAUUAUGAAUACUAAUAAUAAUAAUAAUAAUAAUAAUAAUGGUGAUGGUGAUGGUGAUGGUGAUGGUGAUGGUGAUGGUGAUGGUGAUGGUGAAAUGAUUCAAAGUUCUUUAAAUAUUGAUAAAAUUGUUAAAAAAAUUCGAAAUUCUUUAAUUCCAAUUAUGAUUGGUAAAAUUGGUUUAUUAAUAAAUUCAAUAAUUUUAUUUUUAUUAUAUAUAUUACUUCAUUGUUGUCCUAAAAUAUUAAUUUGGCAUUAUAUUAAUUUAGGUUCAUUAUAUUUUAUUAAUAUUAUUAAUUUAGGAUUUAUUUUAAUGAUUUUAAUUUCUAAAAUUCAAUUAAAAAUUUAUUCAACAAUUAAAGAUUUUGGUUAUAUUUUAAUUAUAUUUGAAUUUUUAUCAAUUUUAUCAAUAAUGAUAUUAUUUUUCUAUGAUCAUAAAUCAAUUAUGAAACGUCAAUUAUUUGUGGCAUAUUCUUGUUCAUCUUCAAUUUAUUCUGAUGAUAAUGAUAAACCCAAUAUGCCCAAAAAUAAUAAUAAUAAUAAUAAUAAUAAUAAUAAUGAUGAUGAUGAUGAUAAUGGGAAAGAAAUUAAUGGGAAUAAUAAUUUGUCUAAUAUAGUACAACCAACUCCACGUCCUCCAUUAUUUCCUUCAUCGAUUUCUCCACCAUUAUCAUAUUAUAAUCCAGAACAUCAAUCAGCUUAUUCAAUAAAACCAAAAGAGCAGCAGCAGCAGCAACAGCAAGGACAAGGACAAGGACAAGGACAAGAUCAAUUGCAUAGAAUAUCUUCAAUCCGAGCCCAAAGCUUACAAGAACAAUAUUCAACACCUGUACCUGUUAGUACACCAAUUAUUAAUGAACAAAUAACAAAUUUGAAAAAUGAUAUUGAUAGAAGAUGUAUUACUGCACCUGUACAAGUUGUAAAAAAAUUAGAUUCUACUAAACUACAACAACAACACCAACAAUACCAACAAAACCACCACCACCAACAUCAUCAUCAUCAUCAUCAUCAUCCAGGUUAUUUACCAAACUUGAAAUUAUAA